UAAUCAAAAGUAUUGUAUAAGUGAAUAUGUUAAAAAAAUAUUUGAGGGUCAAAACCCCGGACACGAACCAGAUAUUGCAUAUAAUGAUAAACCAUUAUAGUUGGUAACACUGUGUUCUGCAGUUGUCAGUGUCAACCAAGCCAAGAUCACCACUUAGUGUACCGAAUCUAGAGAUUGAAUAACAGGGAAAAGUAAGAAUUCAGUGAAACUUGCAUUAAAAUAAUACACAUAUUUACUAUGGAGGACUCGGAACCUUUGAAUACGAGAAAACGAAAAACAAAUGCCACUAAUGCAGAAUCUUCAGAAGAGAAAAAACGUAAAGUAUCAAGAGUUGGAGAAACAGGUAAGAUUAAACGAACUACAAAAAAAAAGCAAGAGGUCUUGGAUCCUGAUGUUGAAUUUUAUCAAUGUUCAACAAGCAAUACUCAGAAUAAUGAUGCAGGCAUUGGAUUACCUGAUGCAGAAGUACUGGCUGAAAUUGAGAAAAUACCACAAGCAUUAGCUUGCAACUUUAUAGCUCUUUUAACUGAAGGAUGUACAUUGCCUUUUAUUGCAAGAUAUAGGAAAACAGCUGUGGAAAAUUUGAUGCCGGACAGGCUUCGAGAACUAUAUGAAAGUUAUCACAAUGUUUUGCAGUUAAAGAAAAAAGUUAAAUCUGUUUUGGAGACAUUGAGGAAAUCAAAAAAGUUGACUGCAGAUAUUGAAAAGAGUGUCAUAAAUGCUCGUAGUUUAUCAGAAUUGGACUUGAUUUAUUCUCCACUAAAGUCACAUUCAGUAUCACUUGCUGAAAGAGCUCGCAAUCUGGGCUUAGAGUCUCACGCCUUACAAGCACUUAAUGGAGUGUACAUAAACCUGCAAUCACUGUGUUCUCAAGAUGAUCAGUUGUCAUCUGUAGACAAAGUAGAGGCACAUAUAACACACAUAAUUGCUGAUGUUAUUUACAAAGAUACUAGGGUUUUAGAGCAUAUGAGAAGCUUGAAAAACGAAACCAGGUUUACUUUACAAAGUAGCCGGACAAAAAGCUCUCUGAAGAACGAAACUGAUGCUUGUAAGAAGAGUGACUCUAAAACAGAUCCGGAAACAUACAAAUUGUACUUUGACUGGAAGUGCCCCAGUCACUUUGUGAAACCUCAUCAAACACUUGCAAUCAAUAGAGGGGAGGAUGAAAAAAUCCUAUCUGUAAAAGUGAUUGUUCCUGAUUGGUUCUACAAUAGACUAGAAAAAUUUUGUUUAACCCUAUGGAAAAGCAGACAUUGGGUAAGCAAAGGACUAACAGAUGCCUACAACCGGCUUAUAAAACCAUGGUUGUCCAGACAAGUGAGGUCUGAUCUCACGACAAAUGCCCAUAAAGAAGCCGUGAAGACUUUUACAACCAACCUGGAGAAGUAUCUUUUGACUGAGCCUAUCAAGAAUAGGGUUAUUGCAGGCUUAGAUCCAGGGUUCAAAGCGGGCUGUAAGGUAGGCAUUAUAAACCCAAAUGGUGACAAAUUAGAUGCGUGCACAUUAUUUCCUGAUUUACGAAGACACAACUCGAAUGAUCCAGCAGCAAAACAACUGAAAGACCUACUGGUAAAAUAUAAAGUGGAGUUGAUUGGGCUCGGCAACGGGACUGCUUGUCGUGAAACUGAAUCUUGGUUGAAGAAACAUGAAAUAUCUGGUAACGUCCCUGUGGUCAUCGUCCCCGAGCAAGGCGCCUCGAUUUAUUCUAUUAGCAAAGAAGCUCAAAAGGAACAUCCAAAUAUGGAUCCCAACUUAAUAUCUGCCCUUUCUAUAGCAAGAAGGGUAUUAGAUCCCCUAGGAGAAUUAAUUAAAGUGGAUCCAAAGAACUUGGGUGUUGGAUUGUACCAACACGAUAUUCCACCGAAAAUGUUAGAAUCCGCAUUGGACUGUGCUGUUGAGAAAGUGGUCAGUUUGGUGGGCGUUGACAUCAAUACUGCCUCACAAGCGAUGUUAAGGCGUAUAUCAGGUUUAAACGACGGCCGAGCGAAAAAAAUGAUAGCGUAUCGGCAAGACAACGGGGGUUUUAGUGCCAGGGCGGAGAUUCUCAAAGUGGGCGGCAUCGGAAAGGUCACGUUCCAGCAAUGCGCCGGGUUCCUCAGGGUUCUAGGCGGGAGCGAACCGCUGGACGCGACGAUUAUACAUCCAGAGAGCUAUAGUGUAGCUAAGUCAUUUGCGAAGAAAAUAGACGUCAACAUCAAAGAAUUAACAAAACCUCAUUUCCCAAGUCUUAUAGAGUCUAAAAUACAAAUGAUCGACAUUGAAAAAAUGAGUAAAGAUCUUAAUACGGACAUCAGCACACUAGAGUUGAUUAUAAAUGCUUUUAAACAGAAGUCACUUGAGGAUGAUAUUAUAUCUUUCUGUAGACCUGUGUAUUCAAUGGCUGUUCAAGCUGUUGAUCAGUUACAAGAAGGAAUGACAUUAACAGGAGUUGUCCGCAACGUCGUUCCAUUCGGCUGUUUCGUCGACUGCGGCUUGGGAGAAAACGGACUUAUACAUAGGAGUAAUUUAGGUGCAAGUCAGACUCCCAAACUAGGGGACAGAGUAGCGGUGAACGUCAUACCGUCGAUGAAACCAAAGAAAAUACAGCUAAAGUUGGAGAAAAUCUUAGACUGAUUUACCUUGGGUAAUUAUUUAAUUUUUACUAUUAAGUAUGUUAAUUUAGGAGAGAAAACUGUUGGUUGUACCUAAUUAUGUGCCUAAUUGUGAUAUAGAUUAAGUUAUGUGACCAAUAAAUGAAUCAAUGAUUGCGAUAG